AUGCCGGUCAAGAGAUACAUGGACAUCGGGAGGGUAGCUCUCGUUAACUAUGGUAAAGACUACGGGAAGCUCGGUGUCUUCGUUGAUGUCAUCGACCAGAACCAAGCUACGAUCGGGACCCCCCAGAUGGUGAGGAGACAAAUGAACUUUAAGAGGCGGUCACCGAUAUUAAGAUUGAAAUUAGCGGUCCUCUUGUCAGAGAUCAGUCUGCAAGCCAUACCGAUGAGCCGAUCUGAGAUCGAUAAGGAGAUGAACAAAGAAAACAUUUGGAAAAAGAUUAAGGCAGUUGUCGUGAGAAGAAUUCUUGCCGGAAAAGCAAAGAACGGAAGAAUAAAAUAUUGA